AUGGCGCGUCCAGCUGAUCCGUACCAGCAGCCCAUCAGGAUGGACCUGGAGUAUUCCCAGCUCUGGAAAGCCUUCCAUGAGAUCGGCACAGAGAUGGUCAUCACCAAAACCGGCAGGAGGAUGUUCCCUUACUGUAACAUCAGGGUGUCCGGACUGCUGCCCUACGCCAAGUACGUGAUCAUGGUGGACGUUCUACCGGUGGAUAAUUUUAAAUACAAGUGGAACAACGAGCAGUGGGAGGUGGCGGGGAAGGCCGAGCCGCAGCCGCCCUGCAGGACCUACGUCCACCCGGACUCUCCUGCGCCGGGCAGUCACUGGAUGAAGCAGCCAAUCUCCUUCCUCAAACUCAAGCUCACCAACAACCCACUGGACCAGCGAGGCCACAUCAUCCUGCACUCCAUGCACCACUACCAGCCUCGCUUCCACGUGGUCCAGGCCGACGACCUCUACAGCGUCAGGUGGAGCGUCUUCCGGACCUUCACGUUCCCCGAAACCACCUUCACGGCGGUCACGGUCUACCAGAACAACAAGAUCACCAAGCUGAAGAUCGACCACAACCCGUUCGCAAAGGGCUUCAGAGAGGAAGGAACCCACGGCAAAAGACACAGAGCUCAGAAGAGUCAGCAGAGUUCAGAGAGCUCAACCAAGAAACAGAAAAUGACAGACGGUGAAACUCCGUUCAUGUGUUACUCAGAAAUCCCCAGGCUUCCGUAUGACCCUCGGCGGGACGAUUCGGACACCAUGCUGCUCCCUAAAAACGCGCAGGACGAGCACAUGUCGCCCUGGGGAGGGGAACAGGACCCCGGCCAAAAUCUGCACGGUGAGGGAUCCAUGGACUACAGCAACUCUGAGCAACUGGUACCAGGACAGGCCAGCUACCAACCGCACAGAUCUCAAAACCAGUUUGCCAGGCUCUCCCCGCCAUCCUGCUCAGACGGCCAGCCCGACUGCCACGGGUUCGAGCCCAAAUCGACCGACAUGACCACCGUUCCCGACCAGGAGCUCUCCAGACCCCUGCCCUCCAUGAGCACGGGUUCAUCUCCGUGUGAAGCUCUGGACUUCUCCACGAACGCCAACAUCCAAAACGCCAACUCCAAACCCAGACCGGGUCUCAACACUCACCCUCUGUACGGACACGGCCAUUCCAGCACGGAGCAACCUUCAGGGCACUGGGGCGGGGCUUUACCGGGGCAGUACCCGAGCCAGGCUUACCCCGCAGUGCACCUGCACCCACACCCACACCCCAAGCUGCAUAUGCACCCGCAUCCGAACCCGCAUCCACACCCACAAACGCACCAUCUAAUGUCAGAGCACAGCCUUCAUCCGCCGGGGUACCACCACGCCAACAUAGCCGAAUGGAGUCAGUACUCGCUCUUCUCCUACUCCUGCUGAACCCUACAGGAGCCAAAACCACGUCUCCAAGGACUUGGUCAAAAAUAAAAAGACAAUGUUGAUGCACCGUCCACUAAAGUCUGAGAGCCAUACAAGGAGAACGUGAAGGAUGACUUAAGUUCAAGAAGGUGUAGUGGACC